AUGAAGCUGCUCCUGCUCCUCGGCUUGGUGGCCCUGGCCCAGUGCCUUGCCCCCAGGAUCCCUCUGAGGAGGGUGAAGUCCCUGCGGCAGACCCUGAAGGAGCGCGGCUUGCUGGAGCCCUACCUGAGGCAGCACCCCUACAACCCGGCCGCCAAGUACUUCCCCGCCCGCAUCUCCGCCGAGCCCCUGCAGAACUACCUGGACAACGAGUACUUCGGCACCAUCUCCAUCGGUACCCCACCCCAGGAGUUCACCGUUGUCUUUGACACCGGCUCCUCCAACCUGUGGGUGCCUUCCGUGUACUGCACCAGCCCGGCCUGCAGCAACCACAACCGCUUCAACCCAGCAGACUCCCACACCUUCGUCGGCACCAACGACACCCUCUACAUCGCUUACGGCACUGGCAGCAUGACCGGCAUCCUGGGCUACGACACCGUCACCGUCGCGGACAUUGAGGUCAUCAACCAGAUCUUCGGGCUGGCUGAGACCGAGCCGGGCGAUUUCUUCUACUACACCCCCUUCGAUGGCAUCCUGGGGCUGGCUUUCCCGAGCAUCGCCUCCUCCGGAGCCACCCCCGUCUUUGACAACAUGAUGAUGGAAGACCUCGUGGCCAAGGACCUCUUCUCCGUCUACCUGAGCAAGGACGGGCAAAGCGGCAGCUUUGUCCUCUUCGGUGCCAUCGACCCUUUCUACACCAUCAACGGCAUCACCUGGAUCCCCCUCUCUGCCGAAACCUACUGGCAGAUCACCAUGGACAGCGUCUCCAUCAGCGGGAAGCCCGUUGCCUGCUUCUCCGGCUGCCAGGCCAUCGUGGACACGGGCACCUCGCUGCUGGCCGUGCCCAACAGAGCCCUCAGCACCAUCCUGGGCAUCCUCGACGCCAGCUCCAGUGGCGAGAUCAGCUGCAAGGCCGUCAGCAGUCUGCCCAACAUCGUCUUCCACAUCAACGGCAAAGCCUUCCCCGUGCCGCCCAGUGCCUACGUGAUGGAGAGCAACGGGUACUGCAGCCUCGGCUUCGAAGGCAUGGACGUCCCCACCGAGUCGGGCGAGCUCUGGAUCCUGGGGGACGUCUUCAUCCGCGAGUACUAUGUGAUCUUCAACAGGGCCAACAACAUGGUGGGGCUGUCCCGGCUGCCCUGA